UUGUACGUGUGUGUGUGUGUGUGUCUUGUAGUGGAAGAGGAAGGCUGAGCAACCAGACAUAGAGGUUAGAGAGAGCUGCUACCAGUCUGGCUAAGAGGAGCAGAUCAGAACGCUGCUUUGCCAAAGCUCGGCCUCCCAAACGGACAUUUGAAGCCGCGAAAACCAAAAAUGAAAUGAGAGGCUGGACAGCUGCCUCACCUGCGUAACCAGUCUGAAGGAUUCCCAGUCUGGAGGAUUCCCAGUGAAGACCAACAGGCUUGCUCGCUGUGAAAAAUUGAAGGCGCAUGAGAAAGAGGGAAAGGAGGGGAGAGGAGGCACUCGGGAGCAGAGCAACAAGUAGAACUCGGAGAGGAGCCGUGAUGGAGGACCUGCCCGUCUACCACGGCCCCAUCGGCAUGGAGGAGGGGGAGAGGCGGCUGGCCCAGGACGGGCGGGACGGGGGCUACCUCGUCCGCGACAGUGACUCCGUGGCGGGCGUCUACUGCCUGUGUGUGCUGUACAACGGAUUCGUGUACACGUACCGACUCCACAAGGACGCCGCGGGCUCGUGGGCUGCCGAAGUGAGACUUUUCGUCGUUGCAUUUCUUGCUCUCCUAAACACUUUACAGGAGCACACGCCCACCUCCCUUCGGCUGGUUGAUGAGUUCUUCAGACCACUCCUGGUGUGCAGAAACGAUAUUUCCGGCAAAUCAGGAACCUGAUAGCAGCUUUCCAGAAGCCGGGACAAGGAAUUGCCAUUCCUCUCCUCCACGCCGUCACAGCUCAGACGCGGGCAGAAGCCCACGCAGAGAACUAGACGCCUGGUGGCGGCCGCGCUCACCUCUGGCAGCAUAAACCCUGAGCUCAUGAUUGACCUCAUUAGAAACUAAAAGAAAACUCGUUGAUGAUGACGACCGUGUGUUUGAAGUGAAUGUCUUUUUGUUCUCUUCCCAUUAAUCAGCUCCUAGUUAGUUCAAUCUAGUCGUUCAAGCUCGAGCUGUGACUCAGAUCUCAGCAUCCUUCCAGCAUCUCUUUUCUUUUCUCUUUUCUCCCCCCCCCCCCCACCACCUCUGCAUAUGCGGCACAGAAAGAGCCUCAUAACUUUUAGGGAUGUGAUGUAAAAUAUUCAACUGCUGAAACAUUAAUAUCCAUCUCUGCAUACGUAAGCUGACAACAAUACUGUGCUCUGUUUUCUUAAUGCAAUUCAGUUGUGUGAAUGGCAAAGGAAAUAAAUGAUAUUGGUUGAAAUAAACUCUUUUAAAUGGGGUCACGCAUACACAGCCACACAC